GUUCUCUGUCAUCUUGUUCACCGUCACUGUUGAAGUUUCUGCAUCCCAAUAUCGAGACUGAAAACUUGAUGAUGCUUUAAAACAUGAAUAAAGGACUUUUCUACAAUGUCGAAGCCAGAAGAGCAGCUAGCCUUUGAGCUGAGUUGCCCUAUUUGCCUCCAACUGUAUUCCGACCCUGUGAGCCUGCCUUGUGGACACAACUACUGCCGGACCUGCAUCAACCAGACUGUGGACGCAGACAAAUCUCCCACAUCUGUCUUCAAAUGCCCUGAGUGCAGAGUGGUUUACCAAGGUCACAAGUCCCUACAGGGUAACUUCAAACUCAAAUGCAUCAUUGACAGUUACCGGGCGACCAACUUGCAACCGGACGAGCCCCGAAAUAUGUCCCUGACAGUGAGCAUGCCUUGCGACCACUGCAUAGACGAACCCUCAGCAGCUGUGAAGACCUGCCUGAAGUGUGAGGUGUCUCUGUGCAGCAGACAUCUGCAGAAGCACAAUGAGAAGGAGCAGUUCAGAGUGCACACGGUGGUAGAUACUAUUCAGAAUUCUGGAUCUAAAAACUGCUCCAGUCACCACCGGCCGCUCGAGUACUUCUGCUCAACCGACAUGUCACUGCUCUGCUCUAUCUGCGUCCUUCAGGGGCACCACCAAACCCACGAUGUGCUCACCUUCUCUGUGGCAGAGGAGGAGAUGAGGAGGGCGCUGGAGAGUCGGGGCAAGGUGGUUGCCUGCAGGCUGCAACUGACUGAAGGGCUCCUACAGAAGACAACAGAGGACCAGGGGACAGCUGAGUCCAUUGGAGACAAACUUAUCAACAAGGCCAUGACCACCAUGGAGAGCAUGGCUGGGCUGGUUGACAGAUAUCGGGAGCGCCUGUGUGUCCUUCUAGAGGACGAGAGGUGCCAGCGCAGGCGGAGCUGGCAGAUUGGUCUGAGUGCACUGGAGGAGCAGCAGCAGCAGCUUGUGGAGGCUGAGAGGGCCACUAUCAAGGCCCUCAAUGAGACAGACACCUACAUCUUCAUCCAGAGGUUCAUGCAGUUAGAACAGAACCUACGGAGCAUCCUCAGCACCUCCAUUCCAUCCAACCUCCCUUCUAAAGCCCCUCUCAACACCAGGCGCCUGCAGGCCGGCCUCAAAACCCAGGACUUCCGCUCAGAGAUGACCCGUCUUCUGGACUCCCUCCACAUUCUGCUCAACCCUCUGGACCUCACCUUCAAUUUGGUCACUGCUCACCCCAGCCUUACCGUCUCCAAUGACCUCCGCACCAUCAAAUUCAGCUCCACCAAGCAGCAGUACGCGGACCACCCCGAACGCUUCACCUCAGCUCCUCAGAUCCUGUGCCGGCAAAGUAUAUCUAGUGGGGAGCAUGUGUGGGUGGUGGAGGUGGGGGCCAAUAGUAUGUGGUCCCUCGGGGUGUGUUACAAGAGCAUCCCCAGACGCGGUGACCAUAGCCGGCUCGGGCACAACUCAGUGUCCUGGAGGCUGCAGUGGAAGAACGGUAAGCUAACAGUGUGCCAGUCGUCCUGUAAUGUCGCACUGGGAGAAAUGACCAAUCACCCAAUGAGGAUCGAGAUCGCACUGGACUACGAAGGCGGGACUUUGGCGUUCCACAGCACCAAAGGGCGACGUGAGCACCUGCACACAUUCAGGGCGGUGUUCAGAGAGCCACUAUACCCCGCGUUCAGUAUUCACUCCAACACGCCUGAUUCCUGGAUAAUGCUGUACAGUGGAAUGUGAACAAUACUACUUA